AUGGCGUCAAACUUGAACUUUACUGACAAGACGCAGGAGUCCCUCGGUGCUGCAGUGCAGCUUGCCAAGGACUAUGCCAAUGCACAAGUGCAUCCAGCACAUCUCGCAUUUGUGCUUCUUAACGAGGGUGCAGGCGAACAGGGCCUUCCAGGAGGUGUCAGUUCCCAACCCUCCCAGUCCUCUUCAUUAUUCUCUUCCGUUAUCCAGAAGACAGGCGGCGAUCCAGCAAUCCUCAAGCGAGGUCUUCAGAAGAUUAUUGUCCGACUACCAGCUCAGUCUCCACCCCCAGAUGAAAUCUCCCUGAGCUCCGGUGCCCUCAAAGUCCUCCGGGAGGCCGAGUCACUCCGGAAGACGAUGCACGACUCGUACAUUGCUCAAGACCACCUCCUUGCCGCUCUCAUCAAAGACUCGUCCAUUGCACCCGUUCUCAAGGAGGCAGGCCUCACAGAAGCCGCUCUUCAGACUUCCAUCGAGCAGCUCCGUGGCAACCGUAGGGUGGAGAGCAAGAGCGCCGAACAGGGGUUUGAUGCUUUAAACAAGUAUGCCGUCGACCUCACCGCGCUCGCUGCGGAGGGCAAGCUCGAUCCCGUCAUUGGCCGUGACAAUGAGAUUCGGCGCGCCAUCCGUAUUCUGUGCAGACGGACGAAGAACAACCCGAUAUUGCUGGGCGAGCCUGGUGUUGGUAAGACCGCCAUUGCGGAAGGUCUUGCUCAGCGUAUCGUCAACCGCGAUGUUCCCGCAUCGCUCAUCGGUCGUCUCUACUCUCUCGAUAUGGGUGCGCUUAUGGCUGGUGCCAAGUACAAGGGCGAGUAUGAGGAGCGUGUUAAGUCGGUCUUGAACGAGGUCGAGAAGGCUGCUGAAGAAGGAGCAGGCAUCAUCCUCUUCAUCGACGAGCUCCACCUCAUCAUGGCCGGGCGUGGCGCAGAAGGUGGCGGCAUGGAUGCGGCGAACCUGUUCAAACCUUUACUCGCGCGUGGCAAGCUCCGGUGUAUAGGCGCGACGACGUUGGCGGAGUACAGGAAGUACAUCGAGACGGAUGCGGCGCUCGAGCGACGGUUCGCCCAGGUGCUGGUUAACGAACCCACUGUUGCGGAGACGAUCAGCAUUCUCCGUGGAAUUCGUGAUAAGUACGAGGUGCACCACGGUGUCCGGAUCCUGGACGGCGCAUUGAUCCAAGCUGCAACGUUGGCUCAUCGUUAUCUCACCUCCAGGAGGUUGCCAGACUCUGCCAUUGACCUUGUCGACGAGGCCUGCGCAAGUGUUCGCGUCACGCGUGAGACUGCGCCAGAAGCGAUCGAUAAACUUCGGCGCCGGAAGCUCGAGCUCGAAGUUGAGAUCCACGCGUUGGAGCGCGAGAAGGACCAGGCGUCGAAGGAGCGGCUAGAGCACGCGCGCAAGGCGAUCGCCGAUGUGGGUGACCAGCUGCAGCCGCUGCAAGCUGCAUAUGAGGCAGAGAAGGCGCGCGGCGACGAGAUCCAGAACGUGCGCCGGCGGAUCGACGAGCUGAAGGCCAAGGCGGACGAGGCUGAACGUCAGUACGACCUCGCCACCGCGUCCGACCUGCGCUACUACGCGCUGCCUGACCUACAGAACCGACUUGCACAGCUGGAGGCGAAGAAGGCAGAGGAGGACGUGGCGAUGGGUGGAGGUACCGAUACCGUUACUCCUGAACAAAUUUCGGAGAUCGUCGCGCGGUGGACGAACAUCCCCGUCACGAGGCUGUUGAGCACGGAGAAGGAGAAGCUGCUGAGGAUGGAGAAGAUCUUGUCGCAGAGCGUCGUAGGCCAGCCAGAGGCCGUCAGAGCGGUGGCAAACGCAAUCCGACUCAGCCGGAGUGGAUUGGGUAACGCCCAGCGGCCGAUUGCAAGCUUCCUCAUGGCUGGCCCUUCGGGAACGGGUAAGACACUCUUGAGCAAGACACUCGCGACCAUUCUCUUCGACUCGCCUGACGCAAUGAUCCGUAUCGACGGCUCUGAAUACUCGGAGAAGCACUCCAUCGCACGUCUGAUUGGUGCACCCCCUGGGUAUGUUGGCCACGACCAGGGCGGACAAUUGACGGAGUAUAUCCGCCGGAAGCCGUACUCCAUUGUCCUCAUCGACGAGAUCGAGAAGGCCGCGCGGGAGUUCGUGACGCUCUUUCUACAAGUGCUCGACGACGGUCGGUUGACCGACGGCCAGGGCCGUGUCGUCGACUUCCGCAACACCGUGAUCAUCAUGACGAGCAACUUGGGGGCGGCGUUCCUUAACGAUAUGGGCGAGGGACCAGUGAAGUCCCAGACACGGGAGCUGGUCAUGGGUGCCAUCCGUGCACACUUCCCGCCCGAAUUCAUCAACCGUAUUGACGACAUCGUCAUUUUCCGUACGCUUUCGAGAAGAAAUGUCCUGAAGAUCGUCGACAUCCGGCUCAGGGAGGUCCAGGAGCGUCUCGUAGAUAAGAAGAUGGUGCUCGACCUCGACGACCAAAGCAAGGAGUAUCUGAUGUCCAUCGGGUACUCACCCAUGUAUGGCGCGCGUCCGCUCAACCGCGCGAUCCAGAGCGAGCUCCUCAACCCGCUAUCCGUCAUGAUCCUUUCCGACCGCAUCCGCGAAGGCGAAACGAUCACAGUGCGCUUCGAUGGCCCUCAUAAUCGCUUGCAGAUCGUCCCGAACCAUGAGCCCAGUGUGGACAGCAUGGACGUUGAUUAUGAUGUGUCAGACCUGGACGACAUCGACAUUGAAGAGAUGGAUUGA